GUUGUUGACGUUUCCGAGGGAGCGGGAGCGUCUGCACCUCAGCGGCGUCACUGGGAGCCCGACGGAAAACCGUGCUAAAGGCUUGUCUUUCCCCGGCCCGAUCUAGGGAGCCAACCUCGCCUGCGCUACAGCUUGCUUAUUUUCGUCGUCUGUUCUCCUGAUCCUGCGUGUUCUAAAAACCCCUUACUUAGGCUUUCCGUGGGUUCCCAGACCAUGGCGGUGGCGCUGCCCAGGGACUUGCGGCAGGACGCCAGCCUGGCCAAGAGGAGGCACGCGGAGCUGUGCAGGCAGAAGCGGGUCUUCAACGCCAGAAACAGGAUAAUUGGGGGAGACACUGAAGCCUGGGAUGUUCAAGUUCAUGACCAGAAGAUAAAAGAAGCUACUGAAAAAGCUAGACACGAAACCUUUGCUGCUGAAAUGAGGCAAAAUGACAAAAUCAUGUGCAUAUUGGAAAACCAGAAAAAGAGGGAUAGGAAAAAUCUCUGUAGGGCUAUCAAUGACUUCCAACAUAGUUUUCAGAAGCCAGAAACUCGCCGUGAAUUUGAUCUGUCCGACCCCCUAGCCCUUAAGAAAGAUCUUCCAGCCCAGCAGUCAGAUAAUGAUGUUCGGAAUACGAUAUCAGGCAUGCAGAAAUUCAUGGGAGAGGAUUUAAACUUCCAUGAGAGGAAGAAAUUCCAAGAGGAACAAAACAGAGAAUGGUCUUUGCAGCAGCAAAGGGAAUGGAAGAACGCCCGUGCUGAACAAAAAUGUGCAGAGGCCCUCUACACAGAGACAAGGCUGCAGUUUGAUGAGACAGCCAAGCACCUCCAGAAGCUGGAAAGCACCACCAGAAAGGCGGUUUGUGCAUCUGUGAAAGACUUCAACAAGAUCCAGGCCAUCGAGUCAGUGGAAAGGAAAAAGCAAGAGAAAAAGCAAGAACAAGAGGACAACUUGGCCGAGAUCACCAACUUGCUGCGUGGGGACCUGCUCUCCGAGAACCCGCAGCAGGCAGCCAGCUCCUUCGGGCCCCACCGCGUGGUCCCUGACCGCUGGAAGGGCAUGACCCAGGAGCAGCUGGAGCAGAUCCGCCUAGUCCAGAAGCAGCAAGUCCAGGAGAAGCUGAGGCUCCAGGAAGAAAAGCGCCAGCGAGACCUGGACUGGGACCGGCGGAGGAUUCAGGGGGCUCGUGCCGCCCUGCUGUUUGAACGGCAGCAGCGGCGGCAGCAGCGUGACCUGCGCAGAGCUCUGGACAGCAGCAACCUCAGCCUGGCCAAGGAGCAGUGUUUGCAGAAAAAAUAUAUGAAUGAAGUCUAUACAAAUCAACCCACGGGAGAUUAUUUCACACAAUUUAAUACAGGAAGUCGAUAAUGAGGAAGCCACCCUUGUUCCUGUCAUUCACGUAUAAAGAGUGGCAACCUUAAA